AUGCUCUUCCAAAAGACUCUCUCUGGCCUAGGCCUCUUGGCUGGCCUUGCCUCGGCCGCUCCCUCUCUUAGACGUCGACAGGCGCCAGGUGCCCUAAACGUCGUCUACUGGGGCCAGAACGGUGGCGGUACUAUUGAGAACAACGACCUUUCUGCGUACUGCACAGCUACCAGUGACAUUGAUGUUAUUGUCCUUUCCUCCCUCUGGCAGUGGGGGAAUGGCGCCACAGCCAUGGGAGGCUCAUUUGGUCAAUCUUGUGUAGUCAGCAGCUCAGGUGAACCCCAGAAUUGCGCUGCCCUGACAGCUGCGAUUACGAUUUGUAAAGACGCUGGCGUGAAGAUUAUACUCAGUAUUGGAGGCGCAGCGGCCUACUCUAGUUUCACAACGGCCGACGCGGCCUCAGCAGCCGGCCAGUAUAUCUGGAACGCGUAUGGUGGAGGAAGCGGAGUCACUAGGCCAUUUGGUAACAAUAUUUUGGAUGGCUUCGACCUCGAUCUAGAGAUCAACGCUGGAUACAACCAGAACUUUGUAAACUUUUUCAAUACACUUCGAUCAAACUUUGCCAGCGAUCCCAACCACGAAUAUGUCAUCACUGGAGCUCCCCAAUGCCCCAUACCAGAACCGAACAUGGGCGUUAUCAUCCAGGGCGUUCAGUUUGACUACCUCUGGAUUCAGUUCUACAACAACAACAACUAUACCGUUCCAUGCAGUUUAGGUAUUAACGGUGGAGCUCCUUUCAACUACAACAACUGGACAUCCUUCGUUGCAACUACUCCAUCCAAAAACGCAAAGCUCUUCGUUGGCGUACCUGCUGCUCCUGAUGGUGCUAAUGGCGGACCUUCCGGUGCGGUCUAUUAUGCUACUCCUUCGCAAUUGGCUCAGAUUGUCAGCGAAGUUCGAUCUCAACCAGAUUUUGGCGGAGUUAUGAUGUGGUCAGCGGGAUUCUCUGACUCCAACGUUAACAACGGCUGUAACUAUGCCCAAGAAGCCAAGACCAUCCUGUUGACAGGCUCUCCUUGCUCUUCUGGGCCUGUUUCCGUCUCGAUUCCCCCGGUUACAACUCCAACUUCGACCUCCUCUUCACCAGGAAGCAGCCAAACUCCUCCCUCUGGUUCUGGCACCGUUCCUCAAUGGGGACAAUGCGGCGGUAAUGGCUACACCGGGCCAACUCAGUGUGUAUCACCGUACAAGUGCGUGGCCACGAGUGAAUGGUGGUCACAGUGUGAGUAA